AUGGGUCGCCAAGCCAGUGCUGCAAGAAAUGACCUCGAGCACAUGCUAUCUCACGAAAACGAACAACCAAAGGCCUUGCCAUUAUCACUUUUGGAAGAUAUUACAGAUGGUUUCUCUGAGAACCGUCAAAUUGGCAGCGGUGGGUUUGCGGUGGUUUAUAAGGGAAUGCUUGAGAAUGGGACCGUUGCUGUGAAGAAGCUGUUUGAAAGGCUUGAUAUUCCCGAUAAUAAAUUCAACGAAGAGAUUCGCUGUUUGAUGAAGGUGAAGCACAAAAAUAUAGUACGGUUUCUGGGUUAUUGUGCUAACGUACAAGGCGAAAUGGUAGGCUACGAUGGAGAUUUUGUCAUGGCAGAUGUACGUCAAAGGUUGCUCUGCUUUGAGUACGUACCUAAAGGAAGUCUUGAUGAGUAUAUCAAAGAUGCAUCUUUUGGACUUGGCUGGAUAAAGAGCUAUCAGAUAAUAAAGGGAAUUUGUGAGGGUUUACAUUACCUUCACGAGAAUCAUAUUGUUCACUUAGAUCUCAAGCCCGCAAAUAUUCUACUGGAUGACAAUAUGGUGCCGAAGAUUACCGACUUUGGCCUAUCAAGGUGCUUUGAUGAAAAGCAAAGCCGAGCUAUUACCAAAAAUAUGUCCGGAACGUGGGGGUAUAUGCCACCAGAGUUCCAUAAUGGAGACAUAUGCAUAAUCACAUACAAAUCAGACAUAUAUAGUCUUGGUGUCAUAAUUAUGGAGAUGCUGACAGGAAAAAAGUGGUAUCCUGCAUAUCCUGAUAUUGAUGAUGUACUUGAAAGUUGGAGGAAUAAGUUAGGGAACUCUCAACGGAGCAUACAGUUGAAACAGAUACGGUUAUGCACCGAGAUAGGGAUAGAGUGCAUUGAUGUUAACAGAGCAAACAGACCAGAUACAUCACACAUAAUCAAUAGGCUUGGUGAAACAGAAAAUAAAUGCAUGGAAAAUCUAGAGGAUGCCACCAACAACUUGUUUCUGAGGAGGAAAAAUGUUCAUCUUAUGAAUGAUAGUACCAAGAAGAAUAUCAUCGUUGGGCAGGGGAUAGCUACGAAUCUUCAUGCGGCCCAAGAAUGUCUCAAUGAUAAUCUUCAUAUUGUUGAAGUCGAGUCGGGUCCAUCUAUGUCUGCUGAUGAUUGUAACAUUCAAGAGGCCAACAAAUGUCUGUGUGAUAAUCUUCAUACUGUUGUAGCCGAGUAUGCUCCAUCUAUUUCUACCGAGGAUCGUAACCUUCAAGAGGCACUUCAAUUCAUUAAGGUUGAUCCCGUGGGAGUAAUUGGAAUAUGGGGUCCAGGUGGAGUGGGGAAAACACACCUUUUGAACAAUAUCAAGAACUCGCUUGAUGGAGACUUGACCUUUAACUAUGUUGUACAAGUGACGGCUUCAAGGGGGUGUUCGGUGGAAAAGAUCCGAACUGACAUUGCACGCCAACUCGAUCUGAAGUAUGAUGGUAAUGUGCAAUCUCAAUGUCAUGCCAUCUUUGAUUUCCUGAAGAAGAGAAGCUUUCUUAUACUAUUGGAUGACCUUUGGGACCAAAUAGAUCUGCAGGCAGUUGGCAUACCAUAUCCCCUGGGAAGUAUAGACCAAAUCAGGAGAAAAGUGGUGCUCACAACAAGAUCAAGAAAAGUUUGUGGUCAAAUGGAGGUGAGAAAAGAGCUUAAAGUAGCUUGUCUCCAAGAGGAGGAGGCAUGGCAACUAUUUCAAGAUAAGGUUGGCCAUGAAACUCUUUCUUAUAGUCCUCGCGUUGAUGCUCUCGCAAGAGAACUUGUGAUGGAAAUGAAGGGCCUGCCAUUAGCUUUGAUAACUAUUGGAAAGGCAAUGUAUGCGAAAUUUGAUAUGGCUGAGUGGGAAUAUGCCAUCCAAUAUAUGAAACGGACAUGUUGCGAUAACGAUGACCCCUUGGAUAUGGAAAGAGUUGUUUUCAGCCAGGUCAAGUUUAGUUUUGAUAGUUUACGAAACAACACUUUGAGGGAUUGUUUCUUGACUUGUGCACUAUGGCCAGAGAAUCAAAAGAUUCCUAAAGUAGAGCUUGCUAAAUGCUGGAUUGGCUUAGGUCUAGUGUUUGAGUCAGACAUACAAUGUUCCUACACAAAAGCAUAUAGUUUGAUGGGAGAGCUUUCAGCUUCAUGUCUGUUAGAUGGAUGUGGAAAGUUGUAUGAUUUUGUUAAAAUGCAUGACGUGGUUCGUGACAUGGCUUUAUGGAUCUCUUGUGGAUGCAGUGAGAACAAUGGCAAGUGGUUUGUUCGUGCAGGAGUUGGCCCGGAUGAAAAAUUUAGCAUUCCUUGGAACCAAGUUCGAUGCAUCUCAUUGGUCCAGAACCAUUUGUUGGAAUUUCCCCUGUGUGACUCGAAUCCCCGUUACAUGAGUAUCUUAUGUCUUGGAAAUAAUCAGUUGCAUGAAAGCAUAAUAGCUGGAGAAAUCAAGAAAUUCGCUUCACUCACAUAUCUGGAUUUGCGCUUUAACCGUCUGAGCCGAAUACCUGAAGAAUUAUGUUCCUUGCCAAACUUGGAACACCUUGAUUUGUCGGAUAAUCUUGAUGUGGAUGAAGUGCCUCACUGCUUUGGAAACCUCGUUAAGCUCAAGUUCCUGUACCUAGAAUCGACUAGCAUACAAAGGAUACCGGAGAGGGUCAUAUCUAGCCUUAAAGCAUUACAGCUAAUAGACAUCAGAACUGAUUUUUUUAGUCCAGUUUCUCACGAACUUCUUUCUAGAAUGCUUCGAGAGCUGGGCACCCUGCCCCACUUGAAAGCAGUUGGUAUCAUUGUGGAGUAUAAAAUACUACAAUUAAGAGGAGGCGGUGACCUCCCCAUCAGGUAUUUAAAUCUGCGGGGACUAGAGACACAUGCACUCAACUUCUCUGAUAUUCUAUCACAUGACUUUGCACGAAGGACCUUGUAUGAACUGCGAAUUCAAAUGUGCAAAAUGAAGGAAAUAAUUUUAAGUCACGAGUUUGCACAACCAAGCUGCUGUUUUGGUACACUCAAUCAGAUCCUUUUGUUUCAUUUGUCAGACUUGAGAGAGAUAAUUUGGAUGGAAACAUCUCCAACAUCUCUAUUUCCAAGGCUCACUUGUUUGACGGUGUUGUUUUGCGGAAAGCUAAAUGACCUCUCUUGGGCGAUGUAUCUGCCUUGCCUCGAACAACUCAUAAUAGGUGGUUGUUCUUUGAUGCAGCAAGCAUUUAUGAGGGAUCAUGGUGAUAAAAAUUGUAGCGAACAAAACAGCUCUAGUAAGACAUUUCCCUGCCUCAAGUAUCUGAGAAUUUCGAGGUGUGUAUCGCUGGUCAAUAUUGGCGAUCCGGAUGUGACAUUCCCAUCCCUAGAGCGGCUGGAACUUAAUGAUUGUCAAGAACUGAAGAGGCUUCCUUUCAGGACAAACAGCUUGCCACGAAAACUGCAGGUACUCGAGAUUGAUGUUGAAUCAUGGGAAAGGUUGGAAUUGGAAGAAGGUGCCAAAUCUUUCCUGCAACCCAGGCUUGAAAUUGUGGAAGAUGUACCAUGA